AGCAGAUGAAAAGUGAAAACGGCUGAAGUGGCUGAAUGGAAUUGGUGGAUUACUUCGGUAAUUCCUCCGCUUCAGCCGUUACCAAAGGGGGCCUAGGAGAAAUCAGUUUCCAAGUUCAGCAGACUUCAACCAGGGUUCCCUCUUGGUAACAGAGAAACGGUCUCCAUGAUUCAGCGUUAACCAGCCAGUUAAGUCGACCAAUGGUGGGCGAGAGAGAAAAAGAGAGAGAGAGAGGAGUAGCCUACUACUUAGCAAAGAUUAACUGAUUGAAACCCUUCAAAAUUUUAUCUGUGACCAUUGAUUCUUCAGCGUUUCUCACUUGGGCUUUUACAGAUACCAUCCAUCAGCACCUUCACAGACCCAUCAUUCUCUCUCUAGUAAGUCCUCUGCAAAAAGUGGCUCUUCUACUUCUAGUAAAAUAUACAAGAAAUUGAGCUGCAACAUAAGCAAAUGGCUCAUGGGUUAGCCCAGAUUGGCUAACCUCCCUAACCAGGUUCUUCAGCAUUGUCCUUGACGAUUCAGAAAUACCCACUGCCAAUGCCGAGCUUGAAGAUAUGUCUGACCUUCUGGGAUGUGCCCCUUUUCCUAGAUUUGUUCAAAUCGGUGAAUGAGUAUGGACCAAUCUAUAGAUCUCGCAGCGGAUCCUCGUAAUUUUCUGGUUGCAAUAACCCAGCUACUGCAAAGCAUGUUUUGACGAACUAUGGAAGCUAUGCCAAGGGCUUUGUCCGUUGUCUCUGCAGAGAUCUCUGAGUUCUUUCUUAGAUGGAGUUCUUCUGUAAAUGUGCUGAGGGGUUGGUGGAAAAGCUCAAACCCGAUGCAGUCAGUGGUACUAAAGUCAACAUGGAGGCAAAGUUUUCUCAAUUAACAUGAGAUGUUAUGGGUUUGGCAGUUUUCAAUUGCAAUUAUGAUUCACUUACUGCAAAUGGUCUUGUAAUUGAUGAAGCUUACACUGCAUUAAAAGAGGCAGAGGCUCAUUGAACUGGUUUUAUCAUAUUGAAAGGUUUCUUCAUCAAAUUUGCUCCUAUUUGUCUCAUUUUUCCAAAUGAAAAAUCAAUACUUCUGUUUUUUUAGUUUUCACAGUGUGGAUAGAAGCUUAAUGACAAAUCAUUCAAGGAAAAAACAAAGCUGAAAAAGCUAUUACCAUUAUCAGAAGAACCAUUGAAGAACUUAUUACAAAGUGCAAAGAGAUUGCGGAAGCCAAGGGAGAACUGAUUGAUGAGGAGGAAUAUGUAAAUGAGAUCCAAGUACCCUUUGCUUUUGCUUGCAAGCAGAGAAGUGAUCUCUGCAUGCUUUUUGGGCUUGCACAUGAAAUUGAGUCUAUGGAAAACUCAGCCAGCAUUUGCUUAAUCUUCUAGGAAACUCGGGAUGUGAUUCAGUGAUUGUGAUGUCCCCAAAAUCAAUAUCCGGAGGGAAGUUUCUAAACGGCACAGAGCAAACCAACCAAGGAGCAACCAGGGCAUCAGAGCUUGUUUCGUUGUUUGUGGAAACUAGAAAUCCAGUUGCACUCCAAUGCACCGUCCAAUCAUGUUUCUUGUCUCUGUGUGGGCCAUCCCCAACCCCAUCUAGCUACACGUGGAUAAUCGGUUUGUCUGUCUUAUCCAAGGGCGUAGCCGCAGCCAUUCUCAUCCUCUGCUCACAAAAUCCAGACCCCCUCGCCAUCUGCUCCAGCGUCUACUCAGAAACAUUGAUUAUAUAAAACGAUACGACACUUUCUCCGGUUCUCCCUCCUCUCGUCUAUUCUCUCUCUCUCUCUCUCUAACGUUCUUUCGAACUUCCAGAGUUCUAAUUCCAACUUUCAAUCUUUUUCAAUCAUCUGGCAGAGUAACAGGAUUCUACACACAGAAAGCAAGUCAGCCAUUACCGAUGAAGAAACCCCACACCCGAAAACUCCUCGACAGAGAUGCCCCCGACCCUGGCGAGUCUUCGUCUCUUCCCCGAGAUUACUACCUGGUUCCGCCACUAACCCCUGCCAUCGCCUCGGCAGCGGCAGCUAGAAAACCCCUGCAACCCAUGUCGACCUUCGAUUCCUCCAUGGCUCUGACAGUGGUGGUGCUCCUGACGGCUCUGUUCUUCAUGGGUUUCUUUUCCGUCUACAUCCGCCGCUUCGCGGAGGAGAACGCCCUGGAACUGUCACGACGCCGGCGGCAGCAACGGAGAGCAGCCUCGUCGGCGUCGUGCCCGCGUGGCGUGGACCCCACAACCGUGAAAUCCCUGCCGGUGUAUGCGUACGAUGGGGAGGCGAAGGAGCCGGUGGAUUGCGCGGUGUGCCUGAGCGAGUUCGAGGAGAGAGAAAGCGUGAAGGUGAUACCUUACUGUGGGCACGUCUUUCAUCCACAGUGCAUAGACAUGUGGCUGUCCGCUCAUGGGUCCUGUCCUCUCUGUCGGUCGACACAGUUGUUUCCUAAGAACAGCGACGUCUCUUUGGACGACAAGGACAGAGGCGACGAUCAUGGUGGUUGCUGCGAUCCGCAGCAGAUAUCAUCGACGGUGGACAGUAGAGACACGUCUAGCAUUAGCAUUAGCAUUGAAACGGUAGUAAUAAGAGAGGAGGAGGAGGAGGAGGAGGAGGUAGUGGUGGUACGACCAUUACGGCCGGCGGGGCUGAGAAGGACGAAAAGCUACUGUUGGAGGUCGGGGGAAGAGACAGAGACUGAGACUGAGACUGAGACUGAGAGGGCGUCGCUUCCAAGGAGCUUCAGCUUCUGAAGAGUAUCUGACACAGCACAGCGGAUGUUUAGGGUUAGGUAUGGAACUGUGUAGCACGUGCCACUCCUCGACACGUGUGUGCCCCACUGCAUUUUGUACCGAUAUCAUACAACAAUGUUUUUGUAAGUACGACAAUCGUCUACAGUUCUCCUCGUAGCAAACUUGGGGAAUCGAACCACGGGAGUGAUUUAUGCAUAUGAUAAAACGUGUGGGCGGUGGGGUCCAAUAAAA